CUUCUGCUCCAGCAUCGAUAUGUCACAAAGACACUUUGUUCCACAUCAGUCAAAGUCUCUCCUGACAGGCCUCUGGUACACAUGGUGUGUUGGAGGCAGUGGAGGGAAGAAGGGCUCCGGCUGUGAGUGCAGGAGGGAGGCAGACUGCCCAUGCUGUUUGAUGUACAUCCUCCCUCAACUGGAGUUCCAGACUCAGAUGAUCCUAGCUGGAGACCAAAACAACACCAACUAAGAGGCGAGGACACGUCAAGAGUCCGAGCAACUCUCCUCAGAUCAGCCUUCCAUCCACUUCAGACAGCGAGGUGAGAAUGGGGAGUCCAGGCUGGGAGCACAUGGACUACAGCGUCCACUCGCCCAUGUACCCCAGCCCCCACACUGACACCAGGGCAGCGUGGCAGGACGAGGCCGAAGACAUCAAGCCCCCUCGAAGUGUCCUCUCCGACCUCACCUGGCAGUCCCUCCCGGUUUAUGACAGAUUAUCGGCGGAGAACCCCUGGGUGCUGAAAAUGGCAGACACCUCCGCGCCUAUGUCGCUUUCCCCUCGGACUCAAGAGUUAAGCCCUUCUGCAUCCAACCAAACGCCACCUUCUGAGAUGCAGGGUCAAGUGGAGGACCGCUGCCUGGAACAGGUUCAAUCCAUGGUCAUGGGAGAAGUGCUGAAGGACGUCGAAACGGCCUGCAAGCUGCUGAACAUCGCACCAGAUCCACUGGUCUGGAGCUGCCUCCAUGUUCAGAAGUGGCUGCUGUGGACGGAACACCUGUACAGGCUGCCCCAGAUCAGCACGUGUUUCCACGAGCUGACGGGUCGGGACCUGUGCUCCAUGACGGAAGCAGACUUCCGGCAACACACGUCACAGUUUGGAGACAUGCUGUAUGCUCAUCUCGACAUCUGGCGAUCUGCUGCUGCAAUGAAGGAACGUCGACCGGCGGAGGAAAGCAACUCAGCAGCUGAAGAUGAGUCGUGGUCGGAAGUAAUGUGCACCUAUCCCAGCCAGCCCAUCCACUUGUGGCAGUUCCUGAGAGAGCUGCUCCUGAAGCCUCAGAACUACAGCCGCUGCAUCCGCUGGCUCAACAAAGAAAAAGGAAUAUUCAAAAUUGAAGACUCGGCCCACGUGGCCAGGCUGUGGGGCAUCAGGAAGAACCGGCCAGCAAUGAACUAUGACAAACUGAGUCGCUCCAUUCGCCAAUACUACAAGAAGGGGAUCAUUCGAAAACCGGAAGUAUCUCGCAGACUGGUCUACCAGUUCGUAAAGCCGGUAUAACAGAGCUCAACACUGAAUUGACGCAGGACGCAGAAACCAAAGAUAUGCUGGACAUAGACUGUAAAGACUGCCUACUGAUGCACUCCUGCCUACAAGAGAAUCAGUCCGUCGCUCUUAGAACAGGGUUUGAAUUCGUUUAGCCCACUCCUCUUGUACAUUGUUUCUUGUAUCAAGUUGUCAUGUGGAUCUUGCGUUGUGAAAUUUUAAUCUUGAACGUGACGUCAGUGACACCGGGCGGGGCGGUGGGUGUUUGGAAAUGAAAGGCAAAGCGGCACACGGGAAGCAAGGAAAUCUGGAAGAGAGAUGAAGGGAAACGUUUUCCGGCUCAGUCUAAAGUUCUUGCAGCAGAAUCGCUGGAUUACAGACAGAACAUUUCAAGUUGAGAACUUUAAAAGAACCAAAAAAAACUCUCCAGGAAAUAUGAUUUUCCCUCACCGCUGCAGAAAAACAAACCAGGACAUUAAAAUCAAAACGUGACACAGCAACAGGAAUAAAAUCCUAGUAAGGUCUUUUUGCGUAUUAGUAGAAAAAUACUUAACUCUAUGUACAAUAAAUGUAAUAAAUACGAACAUUUAAAUGGUUUUAAAUAUGUAACAAAAGGUGAAUUUGUAAUGUGCAGAAAUGAUUAAACUGGAAAACGAAAACGGCCAGUUCAUUUCAAGACAGUGACGGGCUGAAGACAUGGCACACGGUGCUUAUAUGUCUGAAGCAGCAUAUUUCAUUUGUGUUCCAAACCUGUUCAGUGAGUUAGGAAUUAAAAUAUAGAGAAUAUCGCCCAGGGAACACUGUUCAUCACCUUGUUUGCUCGCGUGAGUCAUACAUCUUCCAUAUCAUACCUUAUAGUCUAUGAUGUUGCCACUUUCCAUCGUGUUUUCUACAGCAAAAAAAAGGUUUGUUUUAUUUUCUGCUGUGUUUUUAUGUACCUCAAGAAGCUUGUGCUUUCAUGCACAUUAACGAAAACCGCUAAGAUUUACAAUUCAAAAGAGGAGAUUGAAGGUCACUGGAAGGUCACUGUAUCUUUUAAAAUAAUUAUAAAGGUGACAGUGAAUGAUGAGCGACCAAGCACUUGUGCACAA